GCAGAGCAACAGAGAAAGAGAGAGAUAGCAUUGUUUGAGCCUUUGAGAAUAAGCAAAAGCAAACCCUGAGAAGAUGUCUUCAUCGUACAACAACACAAUUUCAUCAUCCUCCACUCAGUCUUUCCCAAUCUUAGCCAUCGGAGCAAACAACUUUAACCGUGAAGAGACGGCGAUGACAAUGAAUCAACGGCCCAACUCCGUUUCUCCACCACCCAGGAGACUAAGAAACAAACCAGGAAACCCAAGUCCAGAUGCUGAAGUGAUAGCCUUGUCUCCAGAGGAGAUAAUGGCGACUAACAGGUUCCAAUGUGAAGUAUGCCAAAAAGGAUUUCAAAGAGAGCAGAAUCUCCAGCUUCACAGGAGAGGACACAACCUUCCAUUUAACCUGAAACAAAAGUCUGACGAACAAGUAAGGAGGAAGGUGUAUGUUUGUCCGGAGCCCACGUGCGUCUACCAUGAUCCGUCACGUGCUCUCGGAGACCUCACAGGAAUCAAGAAGCAUUAUUACCGGAAGCACGGUGAUGAGAAGAAGUUUAAAUGCGAGAAAUGCAAUAAGUUUUACGCUGUAGAAUCUGAUUGCAAAGCCCACUUUAAGAAUUGUGGCACCAAAGAGUAUCGAUGUGUUUGUGGUACCAAAUUCUCAAGAAGCGACAGUUACGAGACGCAUAGGGCAUUCUGUGAGGCAUUAGCACAAGAGUCAGCAGGAAACCCUAACUUGAGCUUCACGGAAAUGUUAGCAGCCGCUGGUGGAAGUGAUGGCAGUAGCAGACAUGGAUUAUACGGCGGUGCUUCUUCUGGCCUCUCUCACAACCAUUUUGGUGACAACUCAAACUCUGGUUUUGCCCCUCCAGCCGCAGGUUUUAAUCUGAACCGUUCAUCGUCCCCAAAGUUUGAAGACUUUUUUCCUCAGUCCACAAACCCUAACCAUGGCCCUACUACUAAUUUCCCCAUGCAAUACCCUUCGAACCAAGGACUAUUGGCACGGAACGACCAGAAUCUCAUGAACCAGCACGGUCUCAUCAACAGCAACAACAACAAUAACAACUUGUUCAAUCCCGGAUACUUUCAAGCCAACACUCAGAACCUCUCUGAUCAGACAGGUGGUCCUCCUCUUUUCCACCAUGCUGACAACAACGUUCCUUCUGCUCUGCUUAGAGGGUCAAGUAUGGCCGCUAAUAACUUUGGAGGCAGUGGUAAUGCAAACUCUCAAGGUCAAAUGAACUCUCUUGCUGCGACAAGUGGUCAUCAAGGCCGGCCCGGUAGCAGCAUUUUCGACCAUCGUUUGGGAAACAAUCUAAGCAUCGGAGGCCCUGAUAGGCGGACUUUGGACUUUCUUGGCGUUAACGGUCGUGGUGGCCGUAAUGAACCUCCUUUGGACCUUGACAUGAAGUUUUCAGAUCCAAAUAAUCCAUUCGGAAAUGUUUGAGAAGAUCGUACACCUCCUAUGUUCUUGCUUUGCUCCUUGGAGAUUUUAUUUUUAAGCCUUUAUAAUUAUCUAUUAAUUAAAAAAAUAUCUAUAAGUAAAGAAAAAAAAUAUCUAUGAGAAAAAAAAACUAUAUAUAACUAUUUCUUUAAAUUGUUACUAAUGAUGUAAUGGAAAUCUCGAACCAAAGUUUCUUUGGUAAAAUUUGGUUUCUUCAACCUGUUGAGUCAAUCCCCGUUAAUAUAUAUUUUUAUUGGAAAAUAACUAUAUUAUUUGCUCUUAUUCUACGCCAACAAAAACAAACAGUGGUCAAGAUUAGAUCCUGCUAACAAAACACUUUGAAAUGCUUGUUUCUUAAAGCCUGGAAACAAAUAACCAGAAAACGUUAGUGGCUUUGCAAUAAUUUACUUCACUGAAGAACUACCUUACUAGCAACCAUGCAAACGUCUAAUAUAUGAAUUGUUGCAUGCUCAGAAUAACCAAUCUACAUGAUCGAGUUACAUCAUUGGGUUUUCAACCUGCAAUUCCUAUAUCUAAGGUUUUCGAUAAAGCUAAUUCAUAACGAGAAACUACACAAUACUGUUAGUGUCAGAGAUUACUCUUCCUCUAAUCGAAAAAAUAAAAACAAAUGGUCAAUAUCUCAAAAUAGAUGUAGAUCCCACUAACAGAAAACGUUGAAAUGCUUGGUUCUUAAAGCCUGGAAAUAUUGACCAUAUAUUUUAUUAUAAUAGAUUCUACAAAUAUAUGAGCAUGAAAAUAUAUUUUUAUAUACACUGCUUUUCAGGAAAAAAAAAGUUCACAAAAAAUUUGAAAUUGAAAAUAAAUAAUCAUCCCUUUAAACUAUUAUUUUAAACAACAUAGUAUAUAUAAGUAUAUGGAAAUUAUUAAACUAUUUUCUUAGGGGGAAGUUUUAUGUUUAUCACAUUGUUGGUAUCAUUAUUUAUUUUUACCAUCAAUAAACAGACAUUUCAAAAUAUUUUAUUCAUUAAGAGGCAAACGACUCUUAUAAUCUUAUUUUUUAUAUAUAUAUAUAUAUAAUAAAUAUUUUUUUCGAAUUUUUUUGUCAAGUUUUCUUUUUUGGAAUUCGAAAAUUAUUUUAGAAAUAUUUUUAAAAUCUUUAAAAAAACGAACAAACUAAAAAAACCUCUCUCCUUAAUCUCUCCACCUUCUCUCUAAAAUUUCUUCAAAAUAUUUUUAAAAUCUUAAAAAAAAAGAACAAACUAAAAAACACCUCUCCUUAAUCUCUCCACAUUCUCUCUAAAAUUUCUUCAAAACUUCAUCUUCGUUCACCAGCUCCGGCUGCUUCCUCAGAGCCGGAGUUGGGUUUCGUUUUUAGUUUUAUGUUUUUUUUUGCUUUUGAUUUUCAUCGGGUGGUUUGCAUGUUGAUUUUGAUGGUGAUAAGCUCAACCUUCAGAUCUGUCCUUGAUCUGUUUUGUGUUAGCUUGCGUUGAGGUUCUGGAUCUGCAAGAACUACGGUGGAGGUUGGUCUUAAGUUGCAUGUAUCCCAUCUCCUUUGCUGAUGUCUUUGCCUGCUCUCCGUUUCGAUCAUUCAUCCGGUUACUUCUCAAUCUGAUGUUUGAAUGGUUUAUGGUGAUUCGCUCCCUGUCUACAACUCAGAGGUCUGAUCGAGUCCUCGUCUCUCACUUGCUUCAUCAAAGGCAUCUCCUUGUCACUCCUUCAUCGAGUCUGACUCUGCCGUUUCGGGUAAAAAAAAGAAUGAUGUGUCCGGUUAAAGCUUAGGUUCUUUAGUUAACUUGUUAUGCUUAUUCACUUUGGGAGGUCUCAUGUUCUUCUUCAAAUUUGCGCUUGGAGUGUAGUGUUUAUCAGUUUGGAACUUUCUUCGCCUUAGUGUUAGCUUACUUUUAUUCUUGCUUUAGCUUUGAACCUCUUAAUCACCAUGUAAGUUUUAUCUAGUUUGUGUUAAUCUCUUUCUCUUGGUGAGGGCUUUGUUUCUAGAGAACAUGUUUCUGCCGGCCUAAAAUUCAGGGAAAUCCUUUAUUUCCGCCAGGGUUGAUAUUGAUCAUUGUACCUGCUGUAAAACACUCUAUUUAAUAUAAUCAUCUUUAGUUUUUUAAUUUAUAUAUUUAUUAGAACCUUAAAUUCCACAUUCCAAAAAUUCUACCCCAUAAAUGUAUUUUCCUUCUUUAAAAAUGACGAUUAAAGCGGUUUAGAUAAAAUUUAGUUUUGCGAAUUAAACCAUUUGUGCAUUAUUUAAAAUAUAUGUCUCACAUUUAUAAUCAACUAUAAAAAAUGAUAUCAAAUAAUACGCUAAAUAUUACGAUUGAACCAAAUUAGUAAUAUUUUCUUUUAAAGUAUAACCUUCAAUGUAGGAAAAGUAUAAAAAAUAGUGAAUGUUUUAGUUGUUUAAAAAACAAAAAGAUAUGAUUUAAAUGAAGUGAUAGAUUUUAAGAAAAAAAUUAUACAAUAAACUUCUUUUUAAAUGGUUUUAACCAAAUAUUCAAAACCAGUUUUUAAAAAAGAAAAUAAUGAUUUAAAAAAAUUGAUAUUAUACUUCUAUGAAGACUAAGUGAAUUUAAUAUGAUUUUAUAAUAAUUGAAACAAAUAUAUAUAUUAUUUUUUAUUUUAUAACCAAAACGUUAAAUAUGUAAAAUCUAAAAUAAUUUAAAAAUAAAAUAAUAAUAUGUUAUUAUGUCAUAUAUUUACAAUAGCUAAUUAAUGAUGGUCAAAAUUACAAUGGAUAAGUUUGAACAAUGAUUUCAAUAUCUACGACUAAUUUUCAAUGAUUAAUUACCGAACGGUUACAGAGUUGAAACGUAUUCAAAAAUUAAUUAAUGUAUUAAAAAGUCCUUUUAAGAAAAGGUGAAAUGGACUAUGGCUAUAUAUAUUGAGAUAUUGCAAGGCUUACUUCUACAUAUUCAAGAGCAGAGCAACAGAAUAAAAGAGAGAUAGGAUUGUUUGAGGUGUGUAUUUGUAUACAGUAUACUUAUAAAUAUAAUUUGCAUAAGGCUUCUUCUUCUUCACCUUCAAACAUUAUCAUCAUCAUCUACUUGGCGUCUUUCGUUGUCUCUAAACUUUAGCUAUUUACUGACCUUUUUUUCUUGGUUUCCUUCUUUGCACCUCAACACUAGGAGUACAAAAGAAAACAACUUAUUACAUGUCUUCUUUCAAAAAGUUA